AUGCUGAGCCAGAGCAACCCCGCUGACAUCCUGCGCCCCUCCUCCGUGGAAGUUUCCUUCUUCUCAGGCUAUGGCACGUGCACCACUGGCAGCUUCGGCAUCGUUCUCGUGACCAACAAGCCGGGAGGCUACUGGAACACGGCCUUCUUUGUGCAGAACAAUUCAUUCGCGUCAGGCAGCAAGAGGUUCUGGGCCACGCCGAACCCGCCUUCAGCCAUUCCGCCCAGGGGAGGGCUCAUAGCACGGUUCUACGCUCUCAGGGAUCUCGACGGUUCGCUGCUCGGCACGCCAGGCGCAUUCGCAGUCGCCCCCUUCUCCCCCAUCCUGCCGCCCUCCUCUGUGCGCCCCAGCCUGUGCCAGUAUUGGGCUGAGAGCGCCGUGUGGCAGUGCCAGUCGGUAUGCUACAGGGCAGUGGGCGUGUUCUACUAUGAGCCGGGAGUGCGGCCCAAUGGGAUGACUGGGCUUCCCUCUAAAGUGCUCCGGCCGUACAGCUACAUCAACAUCACAAGAGAAGAAGACGGGGAGACCUUCACAGCGUACGGCACGGACAACGACAACCCUGACAGCCCCCCUGCAGACCCCAAGCGCACGGCCUACCGUUACGUUACCGCGUCGCUGCUCGCUGGCUACACGUACCGGUUCACCAUCAUCCCUGCUCCCACUAACAGCCUCUUUUACCCCACAUGGGCUCAGUUGUGGUCGUACGACAAGGGUGGCUGUGAGGGGGGUUUGAAGGUCAAGAUAGUUGCCAAAGACCAAACCACUCAGUGGUUUGCCACCGAUGCUCCCAACCUGUAA